AUGAAAACUUCGACUAACGUACUUCAUUUUUUCUUUUUAUUCUAUUUCUUUUUUUGGGGUCAACGAAUCUGUUUCUCAGCGAUCACAGGAGUGAUGGAAACGCAGACUAACGAAGCUUUUAGAUCGAAGUUUCUCAGUGUUCUUCGUAGUCGACGUUCACCCGAAGUUCCAUUGGUAGCGGAAUGUUCGAAGCCAGUUGAAAAUCCUAUUUUUCAAGCUGAUGUUCCAUCUUCAGAAGCAAUAGAGUCUUGUCCAAAGGAGAACAUUGAUAACUUAAAAGAGAUGCUCAAAGAAGAAAACCUUCAUUUGCACACUGAGGCUGGAGAGCAAGGAAGAUUGCCUUUGCUUAUUCUAAGCUUGAAGGAGAGCACUGAAGAAAGAAGACCAGCGAUUGUGUUUAUGCAUGGUACAAACGCAAACAAAGAAUGGUUAAGGCCAUGGCUUGAAGCAUUUGCUUCACGAGGAUAUGUAGCCAUUGGUUUAGACGCUCGCUACCAUGGGGAACGUGCUGACUCCAAAACUGCUUAUCGAGACGGUCUUAUAUCAUCUUGGAAAAAUGGAGAAACAAUGCCUUUUAUCUUUGAUACUGUUUGGGACUUGAUCAAACUAGCUGAAUAUCUUACUCAGAGGGAAGAUAUAGACCCCAAAAGGAUAGGAAUCACCGGUAUUUCACUAGGAGGGAUGCAUGCUUGGUUUGCUGCUGCAGUCGACACUCGCUAUUCUGUGGUUGCCCCUUUGAUCGGUGUUCAGGGAUUUAGAUGGGCAAUAGACAACGAUAAGUGGCAAGGAAGAGUCAACAGUUUAAAGCCUUUGUUUGAAGAAGCAAGGAUUGAUAUGGGGAAGAAAGAAAUCGACAAAGAAGUGGUCGAGAAGGUGUGGAACAGAAUAGCUCCGGGCCUAGCUUCUCAGUUUGAUUCGCCCUACUCAUUACCAGUGAUUGCUCCACGCCCUCUUUACAUCCUUAACGGUGCGGAGGAUCCUCGCUGUCCUCUUGGAGGACUAGUUGUUCCUUUAAAGAGAGCAGACCAGGCCUAUAAGAAAACUGCUCCUCCUGGACAUUUCAAGUUCAAAGCAGAAGAUGGGGUUGAACACGAAGUGACGAGUUUUAUGAUCAAAGAAUCAUCAGAUUGGUUUGACAAAUUCCUUAAACAAGGAAACAGCACCACUUCUGAUUAA